AGUUUCGAAAAUAUUUCAAUGUGACCGCCGCGCAGGCGCAUAAAAAUACCCAAGUUUCCGGCAGUAUUUUGGAGGAGUGAGUGGCCACCGGCUGGACUUGUUUUGCUCGAAAGGAUGUUUCUUCCGGAUAAACUAGGAUGCAGCUUCACCUGAUUAGAAAGUACGCCAGCAGGGUCGCCCGGGAGCACUAUGCCAGCAGCAACGUGAAGAUCUAUCGCCGGGUGAAGCCUCUGCCAAAGGUAAACAAACCAAAGAAGCCGGAGAAUGUUGAGGGGCAAUCGGAAUAUGCUGAGAAUCUGGUCAGGGUGCAGAUGAUCUCGCGAAACCUGCAUGCGCAGCUAUUCCCCCAAUCACCCAGAAGCAUUUCGGAGCAGCAGGUGGCCUCCGCCAAGGUGUUCAAGGAUGAGUUGCGCCGGCACGGCGUCGAUAUCGAAAGCAGUGCUCCUGUUCCGGAUGUCCAGCUGAAACUGCCUCCCUUGAGGGGCGCCAAUAUCGAGGAGCACUUUCUUAACAUAGCCAAAGAGCAAGUGCAGCCGUACGAGGAGCUCCUCCUCCCUCUGGUCCAGUGCCAGGAGCUACCAAAGCGCCCUAAACGAUGGGCGUUCUUUGCCGGUUGGACAGCAUACGAUCCCAAUGAUGGAACAGCUACCCCAGUGGAUCAGCCACUGGAAAAGGGACUCAUCUUCGAUGUGGAGGUGUGCGUCAGCGAAGGACACGCUCCUGUUUUGGCCACUGCCGUCAGCACCAAGAGAUGGUACUCCUGGGUGAGUCCUAAGCUCACGAAACACCGCUUGAGUAUUGCGAAGGCGGAGCCUCUGGAUGUGGACACGGACUUCGAGCGACCUCACUACUCCACCGAUGAACUGAUACCUCUGGGCACCAAUGGACCCGGUCUGGUAGUCGGUCACAAUGUGUCCUAUGACAGAGCCCGCCUCAAAGAGCAGUAUUUGAUCGAGGACACGGGCACCCGAUUCGUGGACACCAUGUCGCUGCACAUGUGCGUCAGUGGAGUGACCAGCUACCAGCGAGCCAUGCUCAAGUCCAAGAAGGAGCCGGCUCCCGAGGAUCUGGGGUGGCUUGAGCAGAGCUCCCUCAACAGUUUGGUGGAGGUACAUCGUCUGUAUUGCGGCGGAGAGCCACUCUCCAAGGAGCCUAGGAACAUUUUUGUGGAGGGAACUCUCGAUCAAGUGCGCCAGAGCUUCCAGUCCCUGACCAACUACUGCGCUGGCGAUGUGGAGGCCACGCAUCGGGUGCUACAAGUCCUAUAUCCCUUGUACGCCGAGAGAUUUCCGCAUCCUGCAUCGCUGGCUGGCAUGUUGGAGAUGGGCUCCGCCUAUUUGCCCGUGAAUUCCAACUGGGAGCGUUACAUCCGUGAGGCGCAGCUAACGUACGAGGAUCUGAGCAUCGAGGCCAAGUAUCAUUUGGGGCGCAGAGCAGAGGAAGCCUGUUCCCUACUGCUAGACGAUCAGUAUCGGCAGAAUCUCUGGUUGUGGGACGAGGACUGGAGUGUACAGGAGUUGAAGUUAAAACAGCCGCCGAAACGCAAGCCUUUGCCAAGGGAGGAGCGCAAAGAUCCUGGAAAUACCGCAGAGCAGCGUCGCCCGCAAGCCAAGUUCCAGCACCUCUACGAUCAAAAGUCUCUGCUCCCAGCUCGAAGACCACUGCUUCCCGGCUAUCCCCUAUGGUAUCGCAAACUGUGCCGCAAGCCACCGAGCAAGAAGAACGACGAAAUCCUGGAGGACGAGGAAGAGUCGUGGUCCCCGGGAGCCACUGAGAUCAGCACCGGCAUGCAAAUAGCCCCAAAGCUGCUCUCCCUCUGCUGGGAGGGAUAUCCACUGCACUACGAGAGGGAACAAGGAUGGGGUUUCCUGGUUCCCUUUCGCAGCGAUGCGGAAGGAGUAGAUCGCCUGCCCAUGGCUGAACUCUUGGCCCGUUGCCCAGUGCCGGAGUUUGCUCGGCAGUGCGCCUCAAAGGCAGAGAGUGAUCUGGCCUUUGAUAUGCUCCCCGGUCAGGUGGAACAGCAUCUGGGAAAGCGGGAGCACUACAAAAAGUUGUCUCAGAAACAGCAACGUCUGGAGACGCAGUACCAAGGUUCUGGAGUCUGGUGUAACAAGGUUCUGGAGGAUUGCUGCUUCUUCCUCAAGCUGCCCCACAAGAAUGGACCCUCCUUCCGCGUGGGGAACCCUCUGUCCAGAGACUUCCUUAAUAAGUUCUCCGAAAACGUCCUGAGCAGCGGAGAUCCUGCCUGUCAAGCUGCUGCCCGAGUCAUCGAAAUUGCUCGCAUGAUGUCGUACUGGCGGAACAAUCGCGAUAGGAUCAUGGGCCAGAUGGUGGUUUGGUUGGAUGGCCACCAAUUGCCUAAGGAACUCUCUGGGGAAAAUGUCCAGCACUUGUCCUACGGAGCCAUAUGUCCCCAGGUUGUGGCCUGUGGCACAUUGACACGUCGUGCCAUGGAGCCCACAUGGAUGACGGCCUCUAACUCGCGGCCUGAUCGACUGGGAUCGGAGCUGCGUUCAAUGGUACAGGCUCCGCCGGGCUACAGACUGGUAGGUGCCGAUGUCGACUCGCAAGAACUGUGGAUCGCUUCCGUGCUGGGCGAUGCCUAUGCCUGUGGUGAGCAUGGGGCCACGCCCUUUGGCUGGAUGACUCUCAGUGGUAGUAAAUCCAAUGGCAGCGACAUGCACUCCAUCACCGCAAAGGCAGUCGGCAUUUCCCGAGAUCAUGCCAAGGUUAUUAACUAUGCCCGGAUCUACGGAGCUGGACAGCUGUUUGCGGAGACACUGCUUCGCCAGUUCAAUCCCACAUUCAGUGCUUCCGAGGCCAAGGCGAAAGCUAUGAAAAUGUUCUCCAUCACCAAGGGCAAGCGGGUGUAUCGGCUGCGAGAGGAGUUCCACGACGAACUGGAGGACAGGGCAUACAGCAGCUACGAGGCUUCCCGUCUCGCCAUCCAGCGCAAUCGCUCCACUUCCGAGGUAUUCCAUCGUCCCAACUGGCAGGGUGGCACCGAGAGCGCCAUGUUCAAUCGUUUGGAGGAGAUAGCCACGGGGGCCCAGCCGCAAACGCCAUUUCUGGGAGGACGCCUGAGUCGGGCAUUGGAGGCGGAUGUCGGCCCCGAUCAGGAGCAACGUUUCCUGCCCACUCGCAUUAACUGGGUAGUGCAAAGUGGAGCCGUGGACUUCCUUCACCUGAUGCUGGUCAGCAUGCGAUGGCUGAUGGGGCCGCACGUUCGUUUCUGCCUGAGCUUCCACGACGAGUUGCGCUACUUGGUGAAGGAGGAGCUGUCGCCCAAGGCCGCGCUGGCCAUGCACAUCACCAAUCUAAUGACGCGGUCCUUUUGCGUUUCCCGCAUUGGACUUAAGGAUCUGCCCAUGUCGGUGGCCUUCUUUUCGUCCGUGGAAGUGGAUACGGUGCUGCGCAAGGAGUGCACCAUGGAUUGCAAGACACCCUCGAAUCCGCAUGGCCUGCGCAUCGGCUAUGGGGUUCAACCGGGUCAGAGCCUGAGCGUGGCGGAGGCAAUCGAGAAGGCCGGCGGUAAUGAUGUCAGCCAGUGGUCUUGGAUUAAACAGAGUGAGCUUUGAAGAGAUUCGGAUGUGAUUAAGUUAAGUAUGGUUACGAGUUCCUCUUAAGUGCUUUGUAAGACAACUAAGAUUAAAUUUUAAAAUGGUUAGAUGAGAAAGUUUCCCGCUAAGGAGAAAAGGAUUUCAUUUGUUUCAAAAGAGUAAUCUGAACUUCAGACAGAUUCCUUUAUCUUAUGAUAUCUUGUAGAUACCAUCUCCCUCAUUGAAUUAAUCCAUUGCCUAAGUUAAUGUUGUUGACCUGUUAGUUAUUUUCCAGUUUCCAAUAAAAGACGAUCAUUUAGUCUAAAUCAAAUGACCUAUAAA